AUGACUGCUACGGUUCGCCGCACUUUCAAGGUUGUGUUUCGGGAUGAUUCAGAAGGGACGGUUCAGUCUUGUUGUGUUGUCGCACAUCUUUUGGCCGCUGAGGAUUUGAGGUUUUUGGCUCAAGAUGUGCUCACGCUAGUAAUUGGGAGAAUUGGGUUGUGCAGAAGUGGGGAUUUGCUGGAGUUUAUGUGGAGAGAGCACCAUGAGUAUGAGACGGAUUUCUCAGUUCUUAAUUCGCUUAUGCGAGCUUUCCUGAAUGUGGAAAUGGGUUCGAGGGCAUUGGAGGUAUUGCGGAGAAUGAGGGAGGUUGGAGUGAGACCUAGUUUGUCUGCAGUCGCGAUUCUUUUCAAGUUUUUGCUUAAGGUUGGUGAUUAUGGUAGUGUGUGGAAGUUACUUAGGGAUAUGGUUUGUAGAGGACCUCGUCCUUCAAAUUAUAUUUUCAAUGUCAUGAUUCUUGGAUUUUGUAAAAAGGGGUAUGUUCAAACUGGAGAAAGUUUACUACAUGUGAUGAGGAAGUUUGGGUGUGAGCCAGAUGUUAUUACGUAUAACAUUUUGAUCAAUGCAUACUGCAUUAGGGGCCAAACGUCAAAGGCAUUGACUCGGUUGCAUUUGAUGGUUGAAAGGAGUUGCAAUCCGAGCACUGUUACAUUUAGUACAGUUAUUAAUGCCUUGUGCAAGGAAGGAAACAUUGUGGAAGCGAGGAAGGUGUUUGAUGGGCUGCAAGAGUUGGGUGUCUUUCCAAACACUGUAAUAUAUAAUGCUUUGAUGGAUGGCUAUGUUAAGGCUAGUGAAAUUGGCCCGGCAAAUUUGCUUUAUGAAGAAAUGAGGAGCAAGGGUGUAGCUCCUGAUGGUAUAACUUUUAACAUUUUGGUUGCAGGGCACUACAAGUAUGGGAGGGAAGAGGAUGGUGACAGGUUGUUAAGGGAGUUAUCUAUGACAGGAUUACUUCCAGAUUGUUCAUUGUCGGACAUAUCAGUUGCAGGAUUGUGUUGGGCUGGACGAUUGGAUGAGGCCUGGGAGUUAUUAGAGGAUAUGCUUGACAAGGGGUUUCCUCUUAGUGUAAUCGCUUUUAAUUCAAUAAUUGCUGCUUACAGCAAAGCAGGGUUAGAAGACAGAGCCUUUGGAGUCUACAACGUAAUGGUGCAAGUUGGCCUAACACCUUCAUCUUCCACUUGCACUUCCUUGGUCAUGGGUUUGGCCAAAAUAGGGAGGCUUCAAGAAGCCAAAGAUCUUAUGGAUCAGAUGAUAGAGAANCCGGCAAAUUUGCUUUAUGAAGAAAUGAGGAGCAAGGGUGUAGCUCCUGAUGGUAUAACUUUUAACAUUUUGGUUGCAGGGCACUACAAGUAUGGGAGGGAAGAGGAUGGUGACAGGUUGUUAAGGGAGUUAUCUAUGACAGGAUUACUUCCAGAUUGUUCAUUGUCGGACAUAUCAGUUGCAGGAUUGUGUUGGGNCACUGUAAUAUAUAAUGCUUUGAUGGAUGGCUAUGUUAAGGCUAGUGAAAUUGGCCUGGCAAAUUUGCUUUAUGAAGAAAUGAGGAGCAAGGGUGUAGCUCCUGAUGGUGUAACUUUUAACAUUCUGGUUGCAGGGCACUACAAGUAUGGGAGGGAAGAGGAUGGUGACAGGUUGUUAAGGGAGUUAUCUAUGACGNUGAUGGAUGGCUAUGUUAAGGCUAGUGAAAUUGGCCUGGCAAAUUUGCUUUAUGAAGAAAUGAGGAGCAAGGGUGUAGCUCCUGAUGGUGUAACUUUUAACAUUCUGGUUGCAGGGCACUACAAGUAUGGGAGGGAAGAGGAUGGUGACAGGUUGUUAAGGGAGUUAUCUAUGACGGGAUUACUUCCAGAUUGUUCAUUGUCGGACAUAUCAGUUGCAGGAUUGUGUUGGGCUGGACGAUUGGAUGAGGCCUGGGAGUUAUUAGAGGAUAUGCUUGACAAGGGGUUUCCUCUUAGUGUAAUCGCUUUUAAUUCAAUAAUUGCUGCUUACAGCAAAGCAGGGUUAGAAGACAGAGCCUUUGGAGUCUACAACGUAAUGGUGCAAGUUGGCCUAACACCUUCAUCUUCCACUUGCACUUCCUUGGUCAUGGGUUUGGCCAAAAUAGGGAGGCUUCAAGAAGCCAAAGAUCUUAUGGAUCAGAUGAUAGAGAAGGACUUUCCUGUCAAUAAAGUGGCUUUCACUGUGCUUUUAGAUAUGUAUUUCAAAACAGGAGACAUGGUCGGAGCUCAAGGUUUGUGGAAAGAGAUGAACAGAUUAGGGAUUGCUCCUGAUGUUGUUGCUUUUUCUGCCUUCAUUGAUGGGCUUUCUAAAGCCGGUUUUAUUGAGGAGGCAUAUAAUGUCUUUUUAGAAAUGUCAAGGAAAGGACUAGUGCCGAAUAACUUUGCUUAUAAUUCUUUGAUUGCAGGGUUUUGUAACUGUGGAAAAUUGAAUGAAGCAUUGAAGUUGGAGAGGGAGAUGAGGAACAGGGGUCUCCUCCCAGAUGUCUUCACUACCAAUAUUAUUAUUAAUGGGUUUUGUAAACUUGGAAGAAUGAAGUCAGCAAUUGAUACUUUUAUGGAAAUGCACAGAACUGGGUUGUUACCAGAUAUUGUUACUUACAACACUCUAAUCAGUGGGUACUGUAAGGCAUUUGACAUGGAAAAUGCUGAAAAUUUUGUGAAUAAGAUGUAUGCCAGUGGGUGGGACCCAGAUAUUACAACCUAUAAUAUACAAAUCCAUGGUUUUUGUAGUAAUCGGAGGAUGAAUCGAGCUGUGAUGAUGUUGGAUGAGCUUGUCUCGGUGGGGGUAGUUCCUAAUACAGUUACAUACAAUUCUAUGAUGAAUGGCAUAUGCACUGAUAUACUAGAUCGUGCUAUGAUUUUGACUGCAAAAUUGCUUAAGAUGGCCUUUGUUCCAAAUAUUGUGACAACUAACCUGUUAUUGUCUCAUCUUUGUAAGCAAGGGCUACCUGAGAGGACCCUUAUGUGGGGCCAGAAGUUGGGUCAGAUUUGCUUCAACUUUGAUGAAAUAACUUACAAAAUACUGGACAGAGCAUAUCGUGAGGUACAAGAAGAUGCUGAACAUUCAAAGGGAAUGUCUGGAAAGAGCCUCUUUAUUGACUUUCUCAUGUAUAUUACUUAUGAUUAUUUAUACAGAAAUAGGUUUUACAGUGAAAUAAGUCAACAUUCUUUUAAACUGAUUGACAAUGAAUCUGGGAGGUCAUGCAAGAUCCCAAACAGGAUAUGUGCAUAGCAUUUCAUCUUUGGAAUUUCUGAAAUGAAAACAAAGAACAUCCUUGUUGAGAAGUAGCAGAAAGUGUCUUGCUGGAUGAGAAGUCAGAACUGAAGGUGGAGGCAUGAUUAUUAGAUUUGGCCCCAUCAGAAGCUGAGUUUGAUUCACCUCCUGGAGACAUUUCACAGAUUGAGUUGUCGGACUUCAUGCUGAAAUGAUGGAGCACUGGUCUACAGAUUCAUUAAGCUUAAUCUGGCAUCCAUCGAUCUCUGGAGAUGGUGGCUGACAUUGCUAAAGUAGAGAAAAUUUCUAUCGCCGGAUCUACAGAAGCAAAAUUUAUGGGUGUUGAUUUUUGAACAUGAUCUUUCUUGCCAUCCUAAAAGAUCGACUCCCAGAGGUGUGUUUUCUUUCUCCUGAUUGGAAGAUCCUCUUAACUGCUGAAAGAUAGAUCAACGGCUCAUUGAAGAACUUUCUUAUGUCUUUGAAAUUUACAGGAGUGGCUGGAUCGAUGAUAAUUGCUGGUGAUGAGCAUGUGGUGGUUGAUGGCGAAACCAGGGAGGACCAUUGAGAUGUCACCAGUGGCAAGAGCAUCUUGAUUGAUUAUAUUGCCUCAAAUGUUUUCACUGUAUUGGAUGUGAAAGGUGGUUUUCUAAAUGGUUCAAUGAUUUGGGAGAAUGAAUCAAGUCUCAAAUGGUGUAAUGGUAUGGCCUUGUUUUCAAAUAAUUAAGGAUUAGAAUUCUAGAAUAACAUAUCUAUUGCAAAUCCAGACGUCCCGAGUUAAAAUCUUGCUAAUUAAGGAUAAAUUCUUCGUAAAUAUCUUAGUCUCAGCGUGGAUGGUCAGUCUUUGACUAGAUUGAGGAGAAGAUUAGUCGAGAUACGUAGAAGUUGACAUGAACAAUAAGGGUGAAGACAAGCCAGAAAGAGGGUACCAUAGAAAAGGGACACAAUUAUAUUGUGAUAUGUGGCAUUGCAAAUAGGUUGCAAUAUUAGAAUACUAUUUGUUCCUGGUAAGGAAAGGUUGCAAAUCAAACUGGACUAUCUUGUCCAUUUUGCACGCUGG